AAGUCCACACAUUUCGCGGUUUAUCUCUUUUCAUACAAGCGGAGAAGAAAUGGCUUCGCUCGGUUUCAACCUCGGAUUCUCAGUCUCCGGUGUGAAAAUCCAGCGUCAUCGACAAUUUUCCGUGAAUGGAAGAGCUCCAGUUAUCUCCUGUAGCUCUUCUUCCUCUUCUUCUUCUUCUUCUUCCCAAGCAUCUCCGCAGGGGAUUUCGACGCCUCCUGAGAUAGAGCUCGAGUUCUUCGGUCCGAAGCCUGAGAGCGACGGGUCGUAUCCGAGGGAUAAAGCGAAAGCUGUAAGCGGAGAGAAGCUUCUGAGAAGCAUUAUGCAGGACAACAAGAUCGAUCUUUACGCCACUUACGGGAAAGUGAUGAAUUGUGGAGGUGGAGGAAGCUGUGGAACUUGCAUUGUUGAGAUUCUUGAUGGCAGAGAACUUCUGAACGAUAGAACCGAUACAGAAAACAAGUACCUGAAGAAAAAGCCUGAAUCCUGGAGACUCGCAUGCCAAACAAUAGUAGGGAACAAAGAAAACUCAGGAAAGGUUGUGGUUCAGCGGAUUCCGCAAUGGAAGAAGUGAAUUCCCUCCAUGUAUGUGUAAGGGGUUCUCUAUUCGUUUCAUUUAUCAGCUCGCGAGCCAUAUUUAUAUGUCCCAUACUGGUUUUCUGUUUGUACAUCUCCCAUACAGCUCGAUUCCAACUAGAAACUGUUUCAGCUUUUCCUUGUAGAUGGCAAAAAAGUCACAAGUAUCUUAUUACUAUAAAGCUUGGUAGAUUUUAAGCU